CUAAGUACGUGUUUGUAUGAUCACACCAACGUGAUAUCUUUUCCGCGCCCGCGCAAUCAUCGGCGCUGGCACUCUCUCUUGUCGUAAUUUGAUCUUCUAGAUCACUUCACUUCACUUCCUCCGUCAACACAGAGGGAGAAGAGUAUGAGUGUUCCUAUUUUUGUGUAUGCCUCAACAUAGCAGCCGCACCCUUAUGGUAUACAUAGGUCAACAACUGUUCACCUUAGCAGGUCGGUGCUCAGGAGUCGCCCUCGGGCUGGAGGAGGGAGUAGCACGCAGCAGUCCGCCAAAGGGCACGCUGCCAACAUCAUCAUCAUUUUUUGAAAAUACUUAGAAAGUCUAAGUCAACUACAAACAGCUGAGCCCUUGUCCUAUUAUUGGCCGAUGUAUUUGCUUCUGGUUAUCACAGCAUUGCUGCGCUUCGCAGUUGCGACUUCGGAGCACACCGACACGCCGUGCAGUGAUGGCCUCAAUGAACAAGAUGCAGCGCUGCAGCGGGGGUCUCCAACUGGUGCAGUUUCCAUGAUUGAGAAAAAGGCUCUUCGUCCUGGUUUUGUGUCCGUAUACGCAAGCAGUGUGGACGAAUUAUCGCCAAGAACCAUUCUGAGCGCGGAGGACAAAGCGGAACGAUUGAAGCGAAUUGAAGCUGCUGCUAAUAAGGCGGAGCAAGAGCAUGCAAAACGCAUGAAACACCUGACUGCUUCUGGACACGGUCAUGUCGCGCACGACGGCCGCGGCCACCACGGCCACGGCCACCACGACAAGAGUCACCCCCCCCCCCCCCCCCCCCCACGGCCACCACAGCCACGCGCACCACUCCCCCUCCUCGUCGACGGCCCCGGCGUCGCAUUCUGACGGCUGCUCGUUUCCUUCCUCGCCCGCGUCUCCGUUGUCACACUCGUCGGAGCCGGCCGACUGGUCGGCUGCUCUGGCAGAGUGCGAAACCGAAGUCGCGGCAUUGAGAGCGCAGCUCCAACUGAUGCAGAAGUACGUAUAUGAGGUACCAGCGGUACCAGCGGAGCAUUCGCCCCUCCGGCUCAGAGCGUCCGCUUUAUAACCCGCUCAGGUGUUACAAUCUCAAGCGGUACAAUAGAUGAUGGAAAUCUGUGAUGCAAGCACUGCAUGGUCUAGCCUAGUUCCAUAGGAUUGCGCAUGACAAGUUUCGGAGCCCCAAUCCGCACUAGAAUCUCCUGGGGAAAUUUGUAUUGCAGAAGAUGGAACGGGAACGCUCUGCGAUUCUGUCAUGCUCAUCAUGCAAGAGAAAAUCUAGAUCCUUUCGGUGUAGGAGCCGCGCAGUCUGUUUAUAGCUGUGCGAGACAAAAUUUAGACUCUAUUGUAACGUUUGAGAUUGUAACGAUUGAGCAGGUCAUACGCUUCAAGCAGCUUUUUGACCGUGGUGGGCUCCGAUGGAACGGUGGACCAAUCCGAAGGGACGAGCUCCGGCCCGCAGCAAGAGGAUGGGUAUUGAGAAUGAUGCAUUGGUUGUCAGUCCUCAAAUGCAAUCUUUUUUUGAUUGCGGUCUGAGGAAGAACUGAUGGCGAAAAUGGUUUCAGAUACUGUUUUGUCUUGUUUUGAGUCGUUUUAGUCUAUUCCUCACCGCACAGUUUGUAGCGUGACGCAACGCAUCCUGAAAAACUAUAGCGAUGAACCCCGCGCAUCCAAGAUGCUAAUUUUAACGUUUGAGAUUGUAACGUUUGACCAGGUCGUCAUACACUUCAAGCAGCUUUUUACCCGUGGUGGGCUCCGAUGGAACGGUGGGCCAAUCCGAAAGCACGACCUCCGGCCCGCAGCAAGAGGAUGGGUAUUGAGAAUGAUGCAUUGGUUGUCAGUCCUCAAAGGCAAUCUUUUUCUGAUCGCGGUCUGAGGAAGAACUGAUGGAAAGUGAAAGAGGAUCUGUUGUCUGCGAAAAAUGGUGCCAAAAAGUUUUGUCUAGUUUUGAGUCGUUUUAUUCUAUUCCUCUCCGCACAGUGCAUCCUGAAACGCAAAACUAUAGUGAUGAAUCCCGCGCAUCCAAGAUGCUAAAUUUAUAUGCGGUUUGACUUUUUUUUUAAGUUUGUAUGAUUUGAAUUUGAUGCCAAGGUUCUGCAAAAAUGAAGAUUGCUUUUCACAUCAACGUGAAUAGAUACAUGAUGACAGCGCGCUCAAAGCCGGUGCCGGUAGGCCGGAAACUCGCAACGAGUUUGUUGAGCCGGUCUCACAGAUCUCAGCCAUGUCAGCAUAAAGU